AUGAUACGCAGCGCGCGAGUGGCGCAAGGAGCACGCUGUGAUGUUCGUGUCAUCCAUGGACUCCGCGAUAUACGAGGCAGCUCGCAGUCAAUUGUCGCCUAUUCGACUCAUGCGGAUGCUAGCUUGAGGCCUCCGUUCACGGCCGCAACGGCUCUGCAGAAGGUAAAAGCGGCGCAGCAUUUGUGGAACACUCGUGAUCCCGCGAAAGUCGCGCUCGCAUACACGGCAACUCACGAACCCGCACAGCCGGACACGAUCUGGCGCAAUAGAGACCAGUUCCUCAAGGGCAGAGAGGAAAUCGUGCAAUUCCUCGCCAAGAAAUGGGAAAAGGAGGACGGAUACAGACUGCGGAAGGAGCUCUUUGCGUUUACGGACAACAAAAUUGCCGUACAGUUCUUCUACGAGUGGUAUGAAGUUAAGGCGAAUGGAAGCAAGCAGUGGUACCGCUGCUACGGGCUGGAGGAUUGGACGUUUGCCGAGGAUGGCCUCAUGCGCAAACGUCAGAUGAGCGGAAACGACGUGGCUAUCACCGAAGAGGAGCGUUGGUUCAAGGACGAUGUUGUCGAUGAAGACACUGUCGAGAUCUCCGAGAGGCAUCUAUGA